AUGGACAUAAACUCCGCACUUUCGGUGCCCUUGUCGAUCUUAGCUGCAAUUGCCUUUCUCAAGUUCUUAUUGCACAAAAAGAACAAUAACCACAAAAAGAAUAAGAAACUACCUCCUGGAGAAAUGGGGCUUCCUUGGAUUGGCGAAACAAUGGACUUCUACAAAGCCCAACGAAGAAACCGGUUAUUCGAGGAGUUUGUUCAGCCGCGGAUCACAAAAUAUGGAAAAACCUUCAAAACAAGGCUGAUGGGAUCACCAACAGUGGUGGUGAAUGGAGCUGAAGCAAAUCGCUUCUUCUUGUCCAACGAAUUCAAGUUGGUGAUAAGCUCAUGGCCUUCUUCGUCGGUCCAGCUUAUGGGGAAGCAGUCUAUCAUGGAAAAACAAGGGGAGGCUCAUCGGUUCCUCCGCGGGGUUAUAGCCACCAGUCUUAGUUCUGCUGGGCUGGAGGCUAUAGUGCCCAAAAUGUGUGAAACAAUUCAGUUACACUUACAGAGGAACUGGAGUAGUGGACAAGAAAAAAUUAGUCUAUAUGGUCAGACAAAAAUUGUGACAUUUACAAUCGUGUUCAAGUGCUUGUUUGGAAUUAAUGUGGAACGAGGAAUAUUGGAGACAUUUGGGAGAGUGUUGGACGGGGUUUUCGCUCCUCCAAUUAAGUUUCCAGGCUCGAAAUUUUCAAGGGCAAAAAGUGCAAGGCUGGAGAUCGAAAAAAUGCUUCUUGAUGUUGUGAGACAGAAGAGGAAGGAGAUGGAAGGCGGGACAGUACGGGAUGGAAAAGGGAUGCUACUUUCUCAGUUGGUGGCAGGGCUGGUUCGCGGAGAGAUUAGUGAGGAGGAGGUUGUUGAUAACAUCGUUUUGCUAGUGUUUGCAGCUCAUGAUACCACUUCUUUUGCCAUUGCAAUGACAUUUAGAAUGUUGGCUCGUCAUCCAAACUUCUAUUCAAUCCUCCUUCAAGAACAUGAAGACAUAAUCAGGAACAAAAGACCUGGUGAAACUCUAACGUUGGAAGACACGAAGAAGAUGAAGUAUACGUGGGAAGUUGCUCGUGAAAGCAUGAGGCUGUUCCCUCCCAUCUUUGGCUCAUUCAGAAAAGCAAUUGUUGACAUUGAGUAUGAAGGAUUUACGAUUCCAAAAGGGUGGAAGGUGUUGUGGACCGCAUACGGAACACAUUACGACGCCGAGUAUUUCCGAGAUCCUAUGAAAUUCAAUCCGAGUAGGUUUGAGGAGCCUGUUCAGCCAUAUGCUUUUCUUCCAUUUGGGGGAGGACCAAGGUUGUGUGCAGGCUACCAAUUGGCCAAGUUGAAUAUCCUCAUAUAUCUGCAUUAUGUUGUAAGUCGUUACAACUGGUCCUUACUGUAUCCUGAUGAGCCAAUCUCCAUGGAUCCCCUUCCAUUCCCUUCUCAUGGCAUGCCCAUGAAAAUUUCUCCAAAGUGA